UACGAUGGGUUGUUGUUUCGUUGUGUCGCUGGUGACGCCAAGUGUAUCUAGCAAACAAAUCGCGUUCGGUAGUGCACAAGUGAAUUUUGCGUUUGCUCUCGCAUCUUACACAAUCGGUUCUCGAGUAUCGUGUAAUCGAGUAUAGUUUGUGCGGAAAGAUACGGCUUCUCGAGCAAACAUUUUGCAUCACGUUUCGUCGCGGAAAGUGCAAUGUGUCCUAAAUAGAGAAAAAAAAAGUGCUGAAUCUCAGUGCCCAAAAGAGGAAGAGCGGUUGCACAAAAAUACAGUUAACUUGUCGCACUCUCUGCCGAGUGGUGGUGCGAGUGGGAAGGAAUAUCAGGGUUCACGUGCGUAAACGAGAUAGCAGCAGCGGAGCUGCUGUCAAUUGCGUAGCAUUCUAUCGUCGUGUGCGUGUGGGGAACACGAUCCCGCGUUCGCUGUGUUGUGUUGAGAGUCGGUGAAUGUUGUGAGCCGAGUUUUGCUUUUGAAAAGCUUGAAGAGGUUUUCGAAGAAAUAUUUUGUGUUCAACGUCAAACGCGGAGCGAAGUGUCAAGUGAAAGAAGAAUAUCGAAAAAAAACAUCGAACGAGCGAUGUUGUUAAUGUAUAUGUGUGGCUCUGUGUAUAUUCUCUACAGCAAAUGAGAGCAAUAAGUUGUGUCGCGUAUUUUGUUCACUUUCUCGUCGUGAAAUAUUUAUUUGCGUUCGAACAAACGCCGUCAAAAUGAUUGAAGUUUGGUGAGCAGAAGAUCGGAAAUGUUUGACGAAAGUGAAAGUGGCAAAGCCCAAAGAAUCUGCUGAGAAACGAGUGGUUUUUCGGUCCGGGCGCUUAGCACGGAAGGAAGUGUUCGAAGUGUGUUAUUUUCGGGGAGUUGAUUCAGUGCGACCAGAGUCCCCCGAACAACAAACGGGCCGGGUGUGUGCGUGUGUUGUGUUUGGAAGUUUUGAUAAAUGUCAAGAUGGCCGCUACUAACCGAGCUCGUCCACAGCCGCGAGGGAACAUCUCGUUCUUCUCGAAGAUCCAGGGCAAGAUCUCCGAUGCAUGCGCCCAGCAGAAGUUCCUAACGGACAAAAAGACCCUGGAGAAGACCUGGAAGCUGAUGGACAAAGUUGUCAAGCUGUGCCAGCAGUCCAAAAUGAAUCUGAAAAAUUCACCGCCCUUCAUACUGGACAUCCUGCCGGAUACGUACCAGCGAUUGCACCUGAUCUACUCCAAGUACGAGGAUCAGAUGCAUCUGCUGCAUGGCAACGAACACUUUAACAUUUUCAUCAAUAACCUGAUGAGAAAGUGCAAACAGGCCAUCAAACUGUUCAAGGAGGGAAAGGAGAAAAUGUUCGACGAGAAUUCGCACUACCGGAGAAAUCUGACCAAACUGAGUUUGGUGUUCUCCCAUAUGCUGAGCGAACUGAAGGCAAUCUUCCCGAAUGGGUUGUUCGCCGGGGAUCAGUUCCGCAUCACCAAAUCAGAUGCGGCCGACUUCUGGAAGACCCGCUUCGGAAACAGUACGCUGGUUCCUUGGAAGUUGUUCCGGCAGGAGCUGUCUCAGGUGCAUCCGAUCUCCUCUGGGCUGGAAGCGAUGGCACUAAAAACCACCAUAGAUUUAACGUGCAAUGAUUAUAUAUCAAAUUUUGAAUUUGAUGUGUUUACAAGGCUGUUUCAACCCUGGAAUACGCUACUCAGAAACUGGCAAAUCCUAGCGGUGACGCAUCCGGGCUACGUCGCCUUCCUAACGUACGACGAAGUUAAGGCACGCUUACAAAAGUAUAUCAAUAAGGCUGGUAGUUAUGUUUUCAGAUUAUCCUGCACGCGAUUAGGCCAGUGGGCGAUAGGUUAUGUUACGGCGGAAGGCGAAAUACUCCAGACGAUUCCCCAAAAUAAGUCAUUAUGCCAAGCUUUACUAGAUGGUCAUAGGGAAGGUUUUUAUCUGUACCCGGACGGAAAACCACACAAUCCAGAUCUCUCAUUUGCCGUGCAGAGUCCGCUAGAGGAUCACAUCACGGUGACGCAAGAGCAGUACGAACUCUACUGUGAAAUGGGGAGCACGUUCCAGCUGUGUAAGAUCUGUGCCGAGAACGACAAAGACAUCAGAAUCGAACCCUGCGGACAUUUGCUCUGUACGCCGUGCCUUACGGCGUGGCAGGUUGAUUCAGAGGGACAGGGUUGCCCUUUCUGCAGGGCGGAAAUUAAGGGCACCGAGCAGAUCGUGGUGGAUGCGUUCGAUCCGAGGCGACAGCACAACCGCAACUCGGCCAACGGGCGGCAGCAGCUGCAGAACGAUGACCACGACGACGAUACCGAGGACGAUUUCAAUAUCGCCACGUCGUCACUUCAUGCGCUGAGCAAUAGUAUGACUUUGGCACGCAAUGAAAAGCAAAGCCCACACUCCUCACCCCGGUUGCCACGGCGUCAACCGAACCCUACGGCACCGGUGCUAACCAGUAACGAUAUUUACGCAGGCGGUCCCUCGCUGCAGUCCCAGUCGAGCAGCUGUAGCUACGCGUCAUCCUCAUCCAGUUCAUCAUCCAGCGGGGCGGCACAGCUGGCAGCACUAGUGUCGAGUCCGGCAGCGCUGGCAGCCGCUGCAGCUGCCUCUGCGCCACCCAUGGUCGCAACCGUAUCCCACACGGUCAACGGGAAUCUGGCUACACACACUAACAUCUCACUGAACAACAAUCACUGUAGCAACAGUAUGUGCACUGCCGCUGCCACCGCAAGCGCCACUAACAGUAGCCAAGUCAGCAAUCUUGUCAAGUGUAAUAAGUCCUCGUCCUCGUCUCUCCUAUCACAGACACCUAUCAGCAUUACUUCGACGCCCAGCGUCCACAGUCAGCACGUGCAACAGAACCGACUCAGUGCACCGGCGAGUUCCUCGGCAGCGACCCCAAGCGGUUCGAACCCGAGCAGUUAUCUGAUGUACAAGGCGCUAAAUAAAGCCCUGUCGAUGGAAAGCACAGCAUCAAGUUCCAUGGAGUCCAUAUAUCAACACCAGCAUCAUCAAAUGGUACGACAGAGUACCACGACUCCACCGCCACUACCCCCGCGGAAGUCAUCUCCCGGUAUGAUAUCGUCUGCGGCUUCCAGCUGUGAAGGCAGUCGGCUGAAGACGAGCAAUUCACGCUGUCAAUCGUCGCAGCAUUUGACCGCUCGCAGCGUUCAGACCCAAAUCAAUUCCGCUUCUAGUCUAUGCAACCUGUCGAAUCAAGUGGCCACCAAUCUGAACCUCAGCCGCAGUUCGGAAAAUCUUUCGACACUUACCCGCAACAGUAGAGCCAAUGUAGUUCCCAACACCAUUCCUCCCCCUGUUCCCAAACAUCAGAACAAUGAUCCCAGCGGCUCUGCACCUGGCAGCGGUGGUUGUCCCUGCAGUAGUAUUGUUGUCCAGUCCAAACUACCCAAUCAGGAAUCCCUGAACGAAGAGGAACUCGAUAAAGUGAUUGUAGGCCCAGCGGAAACUAUCAUCGGUAUCAUUGACACUCGACCACUCGAAGCCCGGCAACCCAUCAUACUGAAGGUCGAUGACAAGACUGACCAGAAUCUAGUCCUAACCAGCACAAGCAACGUGUACCAAUUCAAACCGACCUCCAUCACCACCAAUCUUAACGGUAUUCUUUCCAACGAGGUCACUGCUAUCUUGCAGCAAACUCAACCACAGCCUCCACCACCCCCACCCCAACAACACAUCCCAAAGCAACCACAACCACAACCCCGACACCAGCGUCAGCAACAGCAACAACAACCGCAACCGCAAACGACCAACACCAAUCAACAAACGCCGAACCUUCAGCAUCAGCGACAUCAAUCCCUUCCAGCGAACAACGCCGGCAUCAACGCAAAAGUCACUCCUCAUCCACCCUCGAAAUCCAUAACGACCUCUCAGCUGUCGGCUGCCAUUGCGGCAGCCGGUAGAACCAUCGGAAAUCCCCUACUCUACGAGAACAUUACCCUCACUCUGAAGGACUGCAACGGUAGCGCGGGCGGAAGCACCAACGCCACCGCCGCCAACAAUAACAACAACAACAAUCCCCAUCAUCAUCACCACCACCUGAACAGUAGCGCCGUGGCAGCCGCCUUGGCAAGCGCUAGCGGCGCUAGCGGCAUCAACAACAACACGAACGUGCCCUACGAGAACAUCAACCUGGAGUAUAUCGCCCGCCUGAUGCAGGAGGGCUACUCCAAGGAGAACGUCAUCACCGCACUUGGGAUUUCGCGCAACAACAUCGAGAUGGCGUGCGACAUUCUGCAUGAAUUUGUCAGCAAAAAUGGCGGCGGCGGAGGCUAAAGGCGUUGCAACAAGUGACGACGGCGACAACAACAACAACAAACAAACAAAACAUAGACUGCUAUAGAAGAGAUCAACAAACACACACAAAGUGGGAUUUUUAUUCUAACGUGAAUUAACUUUAUUAUUAUUGAUAUUCUAAUUAGAGAUAGUGGCUAAUUUUAGGUUGAAUGAUAAAAACUAGUAGGAAAAAAAAGAGCGAAAGAGGGAGGAAAUUAAAAAAUCAUACAAUCAUAAUAGCAAUAAAAAAAGAAUGUAACUUUUUUGAAUGUUCUCACUGUACAUAUAAUGGGCGAAGAAAGUAACACAAAUCUCAAGGUGAAGCUUUGUUUUAGUUCCUUACUAGACGAUAACUGAAUUUACUACUUGUACAGAGGAUAGGUAAUGAAAAAAGAAACAAAUGAAAAACACAAAUCAGCUGAGGAACGAUGUUGAUCAUUUAUUUUUUUGUAUUGAAUUAAGAUUUGGCUUGGUUUGAGAGAUGCUAUCCACAUUCGCUGAAAGUUUGUUGAAUGAAUCAAUUCUUUAGGAAAAUCAGCCGUGAAAUCAACGUGAAAUAUUUUGUAUAACUUUCAGACCGCUCGCUUUUUUAAUACGUAGAACCAGAGAUCGAAAUUCUCACAGCUGAGCGAGAUCAAUCAAUCCAGUUUUCGAUGAGUUGUGCAGUGUUCAAAUUUUCGUCUCUUCCUUUUCACCGAAAAUUCUAUUUCGGAGAGAGGGAUGUGACGAAAUCUGUCUCUCUCUCUGAAAUCCAACGAAAAUGCUUCACUGUUUCUAAUUUAGCUCUGAAAAUAUGGAAAAUGGAACAAAGAACGCGACGGCAGAGAAUUAUUCUGAGGAAACCUAACAAGGUAACCGAGAAAAUUCUUCUAAAAUCAAUUGUACUGACGAUAUAUUUUGUUAUUUAUCAUUAUUGAACUCCAAUCGCUAUUACAGUAAAUUAUUCUUGGGAAACCUGACAAAGCAACCGAAAAAAAUCUUCUUAAAUUAACAGAACCGGCGAUAUAUUGCGUUAUUUAUCGUGCCUAUUCAUUAUUGAACUCCAAUCGUGAUGACAGAAUUUUUUUCUUGGGAAACCUGACAAGGUAGCAGAACAAAAAUCUUCUCAUAUUAAUCGAACCGGCAAUAUUUUGCAUUAUUUUACGUACCUACUCAAUAUUUAACCCCAAUUGCGAUGGCAGAAAAUUGUUCUUGGGAAACCUGACAUGGUAACCGAGAAAAUUCUUCUCAAAUUAAUCGAACCGGAGAUAUAUUGCGAUAUUUAUCGUGCCUACACAUUAUUUAUCUCCAAUCGCGAUGACAGAAAAUUAUUCUUGGGAAACCUGACAAGGUAACAGAACAAAAAUCUUUUUAAAUCAAUCGAACCUGCAAUAUAUUGCGUUAUUUGUCGUGCCUAUUCAUUAUUGAACUCCAAUCGUGAUGACAGAAAGUUAUUCUUGGAAAACCUGACAAGGUAACAAAACAAACAUUUUCUUAAAUUAAUCGAACCGGUGAUAUAUUGCGUUAUUUAUCGUGCCUACACAUUAUUGAACUUCAAUGGCGAUGGCAGAAAAUUAUUCUUGGGAAACCUGACAAGGCGGAACUCCGAUCGCAACGGCAGAAAACUAUUGUUGAGAAACCUGACCAGGUAACCGAAAAAAAUCUUCUUAAAUCAAUCGAACCGGCCUACACAUUAUUGAACUCCGAUCGCGAUGGCACAAAAUUAUUCUUUAUCUAUUAAUCGAACCGGCGGAAAAUUAUUCAUGGGAAACCUGACAAGAUAACCGAGAAAAUUUGUUUAAAAUGAGUCGAACCGGCGAUAUAUUGCGUUAAAGAAAAAAACGCAAAAGAAAAAAAAAAUCUUCUAAAAUUAGGCGAACCGAGAAAAUUCUUCUAAAAUUAGGCGAACCGGUGGAAAAUUAUUCUAGGGAACCGGACAAGGUUACCAAGAAAAUUAUUCUAAAAUAAAUCGAGCCAUCGAUAUAUUUCGUUAUUUAUCAUGACUACUUAUUCUUGAACUCCAAUCGUGAUGGUAGACAACUCUUCUUAUGAAACCUGACAAUAUAACCGACAAAAUUCUUCUAAAAUAUAUCGAACCGUUGAUUUAUUUCGUUGUUUAUCGUGUACACUCAUUAUUGAACUCCAAUCGCAUCGACAGAGAAUUAUUCUUGGAAAACCUGACAAGGUUACCGAGGUUUUUUUCUAAGUUUAAUCGAACCUGCAAUAUAUUUCCCUAUUUAUCUUUGUAUUAAUAUAAAAUAUUCAAAUAUCUAAUCUAAUUUAUAUUAAUCUGAAAUUGCCUUUUCACGAACACAUUGUUAAAGUAGGACUACGAUACAAUAACCGUCGAGAAACAAACGUAUUCAAGAAUGAAACUCAACCUUUUGGUAGCACUAAUAAGGGCCGAUGAAUGAAUGCUUUCAUUGAGUGAGGGGCGCGAACACCAAUUUGAGCAGAUUUCCAAAUUAACUUUCAGAUUUAACACGUACUGUGCGCAGCAUUUCGAUGCCCCUUUUAACCCGGAAACAAUGCUCGAAUUCACGAAAGUUAAUUGAUCAAUCGGAAAUUCAUCAUUUAUUUGUCAUCCUGCUAGCAACCAGACGUCAGCCGCUGCGAUGCUUUCCAGAUUGGCAUUUUUUAAAGUUGGAGGCGAAUGAACUGAGAAAGUCUGAGAGUCUGAGAAAAUUUCUAUAAUUCAAAACAUUGUCAUAAUCACACCAAUAAAUUCGAACAGGCUUCUAAAUUCACAGAAAAAAAUAGCUUAAUUAUUAGCUUCCAGAAAAAAAAUUAUAAAAAUCAAUUCGCUUUUGAUUACCUCCGAUAUUAUUUUAUAGAAUGCAUCGAAAUCUAUAUAUAAUAUAUAAAAAUGGAGUGAUGUCUGUCUGUUUUUCUGUCUGUCUGAUUCUUAUGAACUCGGAAACUACUGAACCGAUCGACAUGAAAAUUGGUAUGUAGGGGUUUUUGGGGCCGGGGAACGUUUUCGUGACAGUUUGAGACCCCUCCCCCUCUCUAAGGGGGGGGCUGCCAUACAAAUGAAACACAAAUUUCUAAAUUUCUCGAGAAUUAAUCAAGCAAAUGAAACGAAAUUUGGCGUGUGGAGGUUUUAGGGUGCAAUAAAUGAUUCAAUGGUGAUUAGGUACCCCUCCCCUCUCUUUAAGAGGGGGCUGCCCUACAAAUAAAACACAAAUUUCUCCAUCACUCGCGAAUAUUAAUAUUAAGCAAAUGUAACCAAAUUAGGCAUAUGGAUGUUUAAGGGUGCAGUAAAUGAUUUUAUGGCGGUUAGAUCCGCUGACCAUUCUUAACUAGACUUUCAAGUAUAUUUAUAAAUUUUUGUGAUUUCAUCAAUAUUCAUAGAUUUUUAUGAUUUUAUUAGUUUGCUUUCAAUGCAGUUUUUGAGCUAAAGGAAAAAGUUUUUGAAUCAAUAAAUAACAAACAUCACUCAUACACCAUUUAUCUUUCAAAUGCGUCUGUAAUAACACUUUGUUCAGCCAACAAAGAGGUAUUAACUCUCAAAGCCUUGCACCCGAAACGUAGCGCUCUUGUUUUCGAAAUUUCAAACUUACACCCCAGCACAGAUGCAGAAAUGAUGUUUAAAUGGUUCAACCAUACAGAACCCCUUUCCACCAGACAGUUUGAAAAUCAACGCGGUGCCUCCACCGAACAAAAUCGCACCGAUAUCUAUCCUCCAUUCUUCCUUUGUAUCGAGCAAAACAGCUGUGUCUGGCAUUGAGAAAUACUACUGUCUGCUAGCUGAAGCGAGACUGUGACUUGAGUGAUGAUGAUCUCAUGGUUUGAAUUAUAGAGGCUUUAGAAUUUCACGGAUUUCUCGCUUCUAGCCUUAAAAAAGCCAAUUUGGAAGACUGAACCGAACACUCGGUCAUGGGAAGGUUCAUUUGGAAAGCCUCGCUGCCACCUGGUUGCUAACCGGAUGACUGAUGAAUCGUGAAUGCUGCGAAAUCGCGAAUAGCUUGUUUAUUCUCAGUAAAUUGAAAACGGGCGGAGCUCGAAUUGCAAUAUUUCCUAUAUCCACAUUAUACGUAGAACUAACGCUGCAUUUGUUAUUUCUGUUUCACGAGUUAGGGCAGCUAUACUGCAGAUUAGGUAUAACUGCCCUAAUCUAUCGAAUCAGAACCGUUGUUGACGUACAAGAUUCGUGCAAGAAACAAGAUUCUGAAAACGAAACCAUUUUUCGGCUAAUCAUAACUCACCGAAAAACACAAAUCAGCAAUGCGUUUCUCGUGAAAAUCGAAGUGAGGGUAUAGCAUUCCCUCUCCUCUCAUAUUCUCAACUAUUUUUCCAUAUGGGUGAGAACGAAUGUUUUUUCUCUCAAGUCGGCGAGCAUUUCGAUCUCUGCGUAGAACUAAACCUUCCGUUUAGUAUCGUUUUCCAUGAGUUUCCCCACGAUUGAUCCAUAGUACACAAAGACCACCAAAACCAGUAGUUUAUCCAGUUUUAAAUCCAAACAAUAAAACAAAACAAAAAUCAACAAACAUAUAUUGCACAACCCUUUUAAUCAGCCCACAUUUAAAAUAUCUGAAACAAGUAUCAAAAAUAGAGCUAAACUGCAAGCAAUAGAAUUCUAAAUUCUUCCUAUUUUCAUAUUUAAAUAUUUUUAACAAAAUCGUAUGAAGUAUAGCAUAAAUCAAUAUGGAAUGAAAAUUUGUGGAGACGUUAAAUUUGUAUAUAAUGAACCUGAACCACUUCUCCCGCACGCAGAUGCAAAAAAAACAAAAACAAAAUGUAAAAUGCACAAAUCAGAUGCAAUCAAAAAACGGUUGGAAUCGCGCGCUGAGGUCGUUAAGUGUCAGAGGUGUAGUUUCGUUUUUAUUUCAAAUCGUAUUUAUUGAUACUAUUCGAAACCAGGAUAACUGAGUGAAACACAGUGGAAAUCUUCUGUCGAAUAAUCACACCACAAUCAUCAUCGUCGUCAUCAUCAUCGCCAACAUUUCAAGUAUUUUAACGUCAGAUCCAAAACCUACCAAUUCUCUCCAGAGUCGCUUUCAUUUUUAACCCAA